CCCUCGAGUAACAGAAGCUCAUUCCGGCGUGUUGAAAAUUUCGCUACAGUCAGUGGCGUUUCUUCGCGUUCCCCUGGCGACAUCCUUUUGCCGAAUGACAACAGUUACGGGAGUUUCGGCAGCCUCUUCGACAAUGAAUCUCCAGAGAUUGUGAGAGGGUGUGCAAUGACGAGAGUUGCGAUCGCUUGUCGAGGGUGGGUUCGGUGUGUCGAGUUGCAAGGAAGGAAAUGCAAUUAUUGGCCAGCGUCUGCGCUUCUAUAUUGAUCCGUGGCGGCGGCGGUAGCGGCGGUGGUGUCUGUGCUCGCGGCGCGUUCGGGUGGGACCACAAUCAACCCCACAACGAACCCGCCCAAAAUGUAUUUCUGCUUGCGUCUCGUGCGACUAUUCCUGAUCUCGGCGAUCCUGUGCGUCGGUCUGUGCUCCGAAGAUGAGGAGAGAUUGGUGCGAGAUUUAUUCAGAGGGUACAAUAAACUCAUCCGACCAGUGCAAAAUAUGACGGAGAAGGUACACGUGAGGUUUGGCCUCGCCUUUGUGCAGUUGAUUAACGUGAAUGAAAAAAACCAGAUCAUGAAAUCGAACGUAUGGUUGAGAUUCGUAUGGAUGGACUAUCAAUUGCAAUGGGACGAAGCAGAUUAUGGUGGAAUUGGUGUUCUGAGAUUACCACCCGACAAAGUGUGGAAACCGGAUAUUGUGUUAUUCAAUAAUGCUGAUGGUAACUAUGAGGUUCGUUACAAAAGCAACGUGUUGAUAUAUCCGAACGGCGAAGUGCUCUGGGUGCCGCCAGCGAUCUAUCAGAGCUCGUGCACGAUCGAUGUCACAUAUUUCCCUUUUGAUCAGCAAACAUGCAUCAUGAAGUUUGGUUCGUGGACCUUCAAUGGCGAUCAAGUCUCUCUUGCACUUUACAAUGAUAAAAAUUUCGUCGAUCUGUCUGAUUAUUGGAAAAGUGGCACAUGGGACAUCAUUAGCGUCCCGGCGUAUCUUAACACCUAUCACGGUGAUUUUCCCACGGAGACAGACAUCACUUUCUACAUAAUUAUCCGCAGGAAAACUCUCUUCUAUACAGUGAACUUGAUACUGCCAACAGUUCUGAUCUCUUUCCUCUGCGUACUUGUCUUCUAUCUUCCUGCGGAAGCCGGCGAGAAAGUCACUUUAGGUAUCAGCAUUCUUCUAUCUCUGGUCGUGUUUCUCCUGUUGGUCAGCAAAAUUCUGCCGCCAACUUCUCUCGUGCUGCCAUUAAUAGCUAAAUAUUUGCUCUUCACCUUUAUCAUGAAUACUGUCAGUAUCCUUGUAACUGUUAUCAUUAUCAACUGGAAUUUUCGUGGACCGAGAACUCACAGGAUGCCUCAACUUAUACGCAAGAUCUUCCUGAAAUAUCUGCCAACGCUUCUAUUCAUGAGGCGACCAAAGAAAACACGAUUGAGGUGGAUGAUGGAGAUACCGAAUGUAACACUGCCAGCUUCCACAUAUUCGGGGAGCCCGACCGAGGUGCCGAAACACCUGCCAGCCUCUUUGGCCAAGUCAAAGAUGGAGGUGAUGGAGCUGUCCGAUCUGCACCAUCCGAAUUGUAAGAUCAAUCGUAAGGUACACCACACCACGAGCAGCUCCAGCGCUGCUGGAGGAGGAGAAGGCAUGGGCGACAGAAGAGGAUCCGAGAGCUCGGAUUCUGUGUUGCUCAGCCCGGAAGCCAGCAAGGCCACCGAGGCUGUCGAAUUUAUAGCGGAGCAUCUCAGGAAUGAGGACUUGUAUAUACAGACAAGGGAGGAUUGGAAAUACGUUGCAAUGGUGAUCGAUCGACUGCAACUUUAUAUCUUCUUUAUAGUGACGACCGCGGGUACCGUCGGGAUCCUAAUGGACGCGCCUCAUAUUUUCGAGUACGUGGACCAGGAUCGUAUUAUAGAAAUUUAUCGCGGAAAAUAAAAUCUGAUUUGUUUCAACGAAUCGCAAUUAACAAAUAAUGUGCCAUCGUUAACGACCGUUCUCAUUUCGUCCUUUUCGAUAUCGAUUUCAUACAACGUCGUGUGAAUAAUUUUGCCAUGACAUUUGUAAACGUAUAACGCUUACAAGUCAAGCAAUUAUUCAAACACACAAGUAAUUAUUUUUUAUACAGAUUUCUAUCAAAUCUUAUGCAAAGUACAAAUUUAUUUAAUGAAAGUUUUAACUCAAUCUGCUGCCAUUGUGUGUGUAUGUAUAUCUUUUUCUUUUUUUUUUUUUUUUUUGCUCCAACAUUUUUUACUCGCAAAUGUUCUCAGUUGCGAAGUUUGCACGGACGAUCGAAAUGGCAUACAUUAUGUAGAUAAUAAUUCCACUAGCGUUAAUCCAAGCUGCCUCUGCGAUUGUUGUCUUCCCCAAUGCCAGAAACUUCCGAUAGCUUUAUCGCGACGUGCUUAGACGAAGGAUUUGUGAAAUAACCAUCAGAUAGUUGUCGUCCUUCAUUUCAUCGGAGAAAAUAAAUAUUUUCAAAAUUCUUUAGCACACGAGAAAUUAUAUGGUAUAACAAGUUGUUUGACAGUUUUUCUUAUUUUUACCAGAUAAUAUAUUAACUAAAGAGAUAUUUCUUUUUAUGAUAUUUAAAUUAGGAAUUUGAUUGCUUAAAGGAUUUAGAAACUUUGAUUUAAGGAAAGGGGUUUACAUGGCGUCAGUUAUCUUAAUGAUUAAGUGUUGGAUACAUUUUUGUUAGAAGGCGUUUGAUUAUAUAAGAAAUAUGUUUUACUAGUAUAUACAUAGAUUUAUCUGAUUUCUAUGUUGAUUAUGAAAUUGUAUAGGUAUCUCAUUGGAAAUACCAUGUUUGUUCCUCCAAAUGCUGUAGCUCCCAAGUAAUACACUUAAUGUUAAACGAUGAAAUCCGCUUACGUAGUAUUAUACAAUAUAAUAUUCAUAAUUAGAAACAUGCGGAAUUAAUUAAUGGAAUUUUGGCAAGAUUAUUAUAAUACAUUAAUAUGACGAUGAUACGCACAAACACAUGUUUAGUCAACUAUAUCGAUAUUUCUUAAUUAGAAUACAAAUAAUCCAAUAGUCUGGUAAGUUAGCAAAUAUGUAACGAGAAAUAUUAUUUAUAUUACAAAAUAAUUCAAACUUAAGGAAUUCACGUUUAACAUUAAAUUCUGUAAAAUUAUGUAAAACUGUCGCGUAUUUUUAUAGAGACGUAAUUUCAUUACAAUUUAUUAAUGAAUCGUUAAAUAAAUAUUUUUGUUUUCGACUCUAAGUUGUCGAAAGUAUGCACGUUAAAUGUUUAAUUUAUAUAGGUAAUAACGUAAUAUAUACGUUAACAAAUUUAAUAUUAAGUGUAUGGUGAGAAAACAAUUCUUUAUUUCAUUUCUUGAUCGCAAUUUUCGCGAUCAGUUUCGACCAGUAUCGAUCAAAGUCUCAAAUAUCAAAGUUAGAAAUCUCUCUUUGUAAAGUAAGGUCGAAACGUUCUUAAAAAUGCGUAACUACGUGCGGAUAUAGAUAUCCAGAAUCAAUUUUGCGACAAUGGCUUAGAUAUAGAUUUGAAAUAAUUUUGAUAAUAAUCGUGCAAAUCGCCGUUGCGUACAUUGUAAUUUAGCGGAGCUCGCGUUUGAUACUCAUCGUCGUAUUGAUUAUACAUAUUGAUAGAAUCGCGACGACUUCAAUAUGCUCGUCAAACAUCUCCAUCGACGAGUCCUAGUGACAAAUUUUAUGCGAACAUGAAAGAUUGUAAAUUAAAUUAAUAUAAAUUAUAAAGGGGUUUUCUCUCUCGUAAUUACGCGAUGAUUUUAGCAUUGGAAGACCGAUACAAGUCAAGAUAUGAUUAAAUAAAAUUUCGUUAAUUGAAAAGAUCAAACAAAAUUUUAAAAAUUAUGUCGUUUGUAUUUUCGUUGAUUUGAAAUAGAAAUUAUAUACUUUUUGAGAAUUCGUUUUGACUUGAAGAGAUUGGUCUUCUUCUUAAAAUUAAAACUAAAAUUAUUCAAACUUAUAUCGAAAAUUUAUAGUUAUAGUUAUAUAAAUAGUUAUCUAAAUAGUUAUUAUUGCAUAUAUUAUAUAGAAUAUACAGACAUGCACAUCAUGUACAUGAUGCACAUGUCUUUUAUCGUUUGAAUUUUGUUUCAUAUUUAAAUAUUUUCGCAAAUUUUAUUGU